UUUUUCACGUGUUAAAAUCAAUUGACAAGCAUCCGGAAAAAUUUCAACGUCGAGUUUGUAAUUUAUUUAUUUUUUUUUUUUAAUUCUCAAUAUGCCACCGAAGAAGCAUAAGGAGAAUUGCAAAAAAAAGCUCAAUGUCCGCAGUGCUGCAGUUAUUAAAAUGGGGAGGAAAUGUAAGCAUAGAUGCAAGCAAUGUCAAGCAAGGAUCAGGCGGAGGAUGUUGAGGGCCCAGCGGAAAAAUGCUACCAAUUCAGAGGUUAAUCUAGUGCCGGCUAACGGGUCUAACGAACAACAAGCCACUCAGUUGGCAAGCUCCGAACAAGGCCAUACCGAGCCGAAUGCCGAACAGCAAUACUCUAUUUUUGACGUCAAUGACGAAAGCACGCUCCCGGAUUAUGUGGAAUGGCUAACCGAUCCGAACUAUAGAUCGAUCACGCCCAUACCGAAUGAUAUAGUAGAAUUUAUGUCCUCAGAAGACAGUGACUCCAAUGAUUCGGAGAGCACUCUGCAGACAUAAGCGCAGCUUGUAAUCUCAUAAAACGAGUUUGCGCUUUCUAUAAACAAAAACGAAAAAAAAAAAAAAAAAAAAAAAAAAAAAAAUACAGUCUGGCAAUUGGAGCAUAACCUAUUAAUUAUAUCUGAGCAUCUCAUAGACUUCAGUGGCGUGUCAGGACUGAUAACUGGAUUAUAACAACAUGAGCUACGAACUAGUCCACAUUCCUUAAGCUACUCCGAGUUCAAGAGGUGCUUUAACAUCAAACUGUAUAUUUAUCCAGCCAGACUAUUUCUAAAUAAAAGACUCAGCGAAUCCAAAUGUUGGAGCAUACAUA